ACAAAAUUUUCCGCAGUCGACUCCCAUGGCAGUGGCGGGCCUGGAAGAUGAAUUGCGGAAAGCUGGCCUGGAACGAUGCCUGGCAGCUGCUGUGGAAUGGUGUGAGAGGAUGGGACCGAAAGACAUGGAGGAAAUCGGCGAAGAGGAGAUUUUCGACGACUUUGCUGAAGCAUUGCAGUUGAGGCCCUUGGAACGCAGGCGUCUCCUAAAAGGCCCCAUGGGGGCAUCACGAGCAGCUGGUGGCGGAUAUGCAGGUGAGGGGAUCAAUGUGAGCACUGCCGCUGCUGAGCCAAGUGCCCCGUCAAAGAACGUGCAGGUGGUUGGCAAGGGUACCUGGGUGGUGCGAAACACCUUCCUGGAUUUCGACGAUGGAGCCAGGGCAUCAGAUCUUCAACGUGCCAGCACGGUUCCAGCCCCACCCAAGGAGGUUGAGGAGGAUGACGAACCCUGCGAACCCUUCGAGGAGGCGGACUUCCUGCCGACCAUUGACAGUAGUCUCUACAAGACCAUGACCUUCGAUUCCUUUGAGGAAGACAGGAACUGGGACUGGCUGCAAGGCCGUCACUUGGAGGCUGUGGAAGAACAACACGAGGAGCUGCAAGAGCAGGAGUAUCCAGCUGAGCAGGAGGCGGUGGGGAUGAUGAUGAUUCCCAUUGAAGCAAUGCCUGGCUACGUGGUGCCGGUCCAAGACAUGUGCUAUCCUGCAGGCUGCUUUGCUGUCCCUAUGGAUCGCUUCGGUCGCUUUCCUGGCGCUAUGGAGCAACUUCCCAUGCCAGAUAUCUCUUCCAUUGGUGUGACUACCACGGCAGACAACAAGCGAGCACAGGUCUUGCAGCGCGCCUUCAGCGUGGCCAGCAAUGUCUACCGCAUACGUUGGACAGUGGAUGCCAGGAAGCUGAAGAGCACCGACAAGGAGGCGGUUUCCCCUCAGUUUGAUCUGACCUUCUCUGGAGGCGUUGUGCCCUUCAAGAUGAUCAUGCGUCCGCGGGCGGUGGCACAAGAGCGCGGUGGCGCCAGCUUCAAGAGGUCUCGUGGACGUGGCAACAUCCAACUGCGUUGUAUGGCGGAGUCCGAUGAUGGCACCAAGCCGGUCGUCACCUUCCGCCUGGGAGUGGGGAGCGACAAGGCUGCCAAGCAGCUGAAACCGCGUGGCCCCGUGCGCCAUGACUUCUCGGAGAAAAACAUUUGCGGCCUUCCUGCGGGUCAGGAUGACUGGGACUUUGGUAAGGCCGUAGAUGACAAGACGCAAACAUUUGUUGUGUGUCUGGAGAUUCUCUCCGGCUCAGAGUAGCUGUGCCAGUGCUUGGUCUGUCUUGGCGCAUGUCGAUGAG